AUGUAUCAGUUUAAAGUUAUCACGCACCCAACAUCAGAUACCAGACAGCCGUCUUUGCUACUUAUAACGGAUAAUAAAAGGUAUUUAUUUGGUAGUAUUCCUGAAGGUUCACAAAGGGCGCUCAAUCAACAAAAAUUGAAAGUUUCAAAAUUAUCAACCAUCUUUCUAACUGGUGAUUUGAACUGGGAAAGAGUGGGUGGUUUGGCUGGUUUAAUUUUAACAAUAAGUGAUCAAGGCUCUAAAUAUUUGAAUAUUGUUAAUGGGAGUGGGAUAUUGGACUAUGCCAUAUCAUCAUGGAGAAACUUUGUUUUCAGAUUUGGAAUGAAUAUAACAACAAAAAUCCAAAAAACUGGUGAAUCUCUCAAAGAAGAGGCCAUAAAUGUCAAAACUAUUAAUUUAAAGGGAAGCUCUAAUACAGGAACUUUUGAUGAGCAGUCUCAACAAAAAUUGAAAAGAUUGGUUCAAAAUAUGUUCCCAACUUCUGCGCCAAAACAACAACAAGAUGAUGUUAAUUCUUCAAGAAAAUAUGUUCAUAUCAAAUUACCAGAUGUCACAAAGAAUAAAAUUUCCACUUGUUAUGAAAUUCAAUUCGAUCCCACAAGAGGUAAAUUUCAAGUUGAAAAAGCAAAACAGUUAAACAUUACAAAUAAAAGAUUCUAUGGUCUUUUAGCAUCAGGGAAAGAGGUUGAGCUUGAAGACGGUAGAAUCGUUAAGCCAGCUGAUGUUCUUUCAGAAUCUAGAAUAUUUCAAAAAGUUCUUGUCAUUGAUAUACCCUCUAAUGAAUUUCUUCAAAGUGCAUAUGAAACAAAUUGGGGUGAUAAUGUUGGUUUAAUUUUCCACUUCUUAGCGGAUGAAGUCGAACCUUUUUCAGAAUCUUAUAUGAAAUUCAUUGAAUCGUUUGGUCCUGAUUGUCGUCAUCAUAUUUCACAUCCUCGUUACUGUCCAGAUUCUAUAGUGUUUGAAGGAUCUGCCUUAAUGACUUUGAAGUUGAAAUGCUUGCUGAUAAAUCAGUUCAACAUUCAGUCGUCAUCAGAAGCCCAAAGCCUUUUGCCAGAGAAUAUCAGUGAAAAUAUCAAGCUAUGUUUAAAAGGGCAAUCUUUUGAAAUAGUCUCAACAACCAAAGGCAUCCCUAAUCAAAUUAACAUUACAGAAUCUGGAGAAUCCGGUGCUUUUGAUUGGAACAGCUUACUUGAAAAUGAAGUUGUUCCUUUGAAUUUAGAUUUGAAGCAUAAAAGAGAUCAGAUACUGGAUGAAUCAUCAGUUUCCAGUAAGUCGAUCAAAGCAGGCUUACCACUAAUUGAUCAGGUCGAAACUAUAACUUUGGGUACUGGGAGUGCAUUACCAUCAAAAUAUCGUAAUGUGAGUUCAUCUUUGGUUAGAAUUCCAUAUGAAAGUGAGGAAGGAGUUGGGUAUAGAUCUGUAUUACUUGAUGCUGGUGAAAAUACAUUGGGAACAAUAAAGAGAACAUUGGGUCCUGAAAACCUUGAGUUUUAUUUCAAAGAGCUCAAACUGGUUUACCUAAGUCAUUUACAUGCGGAUCAUCAUCUUGGUAUUAUUUCUAUCCUCAAGGAGUGGUACAAGUUCAACCAUAACAAUGAUCAGCCACUUUACUUGGUGACUCCAUGGCAAUACAGUCAUUUUGUUAAUGAAUGGUUCAAUGUCGAAGGUGAUAAAUCUAUUUUGGAUCGAAUCACUUACAUUAGCUGUGAAAACUUUUUGGUUGGGAAAGAGAGAAACGAAGUUGAACAAAUUGACUUCGAAGACUUCGAAAUUGGUACAGAGAUGGACUUUGUUUCAGCUACUAAGUCUCCAAAAAGAGAUAUCAAUGCUAUACUUUCACUUUACCGGGGUGUGGGCAUCAAGAAACUUGCUACAUGUCGAGCUAUACAUUGUGCUUGGGCAUAUUCAUGUUCUAUAACUUUCAAAACUUCCCAACAUGGUGACAUUGAAGGACCAAAUACUUUCAAGGUUUCUUAUUCGGGUGACACAAGACCUAACUUGUAUUCUUUUUCAAAUGGAAUUGGUAAAGCAAGUGAUUUGUUGAUUCAUGAAGCUACAUUGGAGAAUAGUAAAGAAGAAGAAGCGAAAUUGAAAAGACAUUGUACAAUCAAUGAAGCAAUUGACGUUUCAAAUAAUAUGAAGGCUAAGAAGCUAAUCCUAACACAUUUCAGUCAAAGAUACCCCAAAUUUCCUGAAAUUUCAAACAAUAUUGUGGUUCAAUCAGAUUACUGUUAUGCAUUUGAUGGUAUGAUUGUCAAGUAUGACCAAAUUAGUGAACAAGUGAAAGUGAUUGAAGAAAUGAAAAAGAUAUUUGAGAAUGAAAUCAAUGAUGAUGACGAU